UGGGGAUCCUUGUCCUGGUGUGAGCUCUCCUGUCUGAUGGUGGUACUAGUGGAAUUGUGUUCCAGCUCUGAGUGGCUUGCUCAUCCCUGCCUUCCUGUCUUCUGCCUCUGACACCCAUGGGGCCUGCCAGGGAUGGGCAUCCCGGUCCUAAUGUGAGCUCUUCUGUGUGACAGUGGUACUGCUGGUUGUGAUGCCUCACUUAAAAGAGGCAACCCUAGGGUCUGGGCAGCAGCUACAGCAUUAGCUGGGGGAGAGAAAAAGAGUGGGAGAAGAGCCCCUGGCACCUCAGGGCUCUAACAAGCACCUUUUCAUCAGGCAUGAAAAGUCCUUUGGCCGGCGUUCAUGACAGCUGCCCUUUGUCUGUGGGUGCAAUGUGAAGCCACCAUUGUGGAAGGGGGAGAGCACAGGGAAGGCUUGUACCUAAGCUUCCAGGCUGCCAGGACGUGCAGUUUCCCUGUGAACGGGAAGCGAGCUUUCGGAGCAAGUGCCUCAGGCGGGCGGAGGGGAGGCUGGGGGUGGCAGCCCUGCUUGAUACCAGUUCAGGCCCCCCACUUCCUGCACGUCCGGGGACCGACUGCUGGCAGGGAGAGGACGCAGCUCUCGGCCAAUUGGGAGCUGAUCUGAAGCGGGGGGGAGAAAUCUGCUUCUCUCCCCCCACCCCCCCCUUUCCACCUCCGCGCUGGGGCUGUGAUUCAGUUCCCCUCCCCCAGCCCACCCCCUCUGCUCGGAGCUGACAGCCGGAGCUGCUGCCUGCCGGAGCCCCGGAGCUGUUUUCCAAGCCGUGGAAGAGAGACCCAGGGAUUUUUUUUCAUCAGCUUCCUAGCGCCUGCUGCGUCCCGGGCCGGACACACAUGGACAUGGAGAGCGUCAGCCUCCAGCGACCUGCUUGGAAAUGGCAAGUACUGAGUUUGUUUGCGCUCUUCGGCUGGGGCUGGGUCUCCGGGCAGAUCCGUUACUCAGUGCUUGAGGAGUCGGAGGUGGGAACUGUGGUGGGGAACGUGGCCCAAGACCUAGGCUUGAAGGUGGAGGAGCUGCCGGGUCGCAGGUUGCGCCUGGGCUCGGAGGAGAGCCGGCGUCACUUUGCCGUGCGCCUAGACAGCGGAGCGCUGGUGGUCAGCCAGCAGCUGGACCGGGAGCGGCUGUGCGGAGCGGCUGCCAGCUGCGUGCUGUCAGUGCAGGUGGUGGCAGAAAACCCCCUGCAGCUAUUCCGUCUAGAAGUGGAGAUCUUGGACUUGAAUGACAACUCUCCGAGCUUCCCCACCACUCACCGCAGCUUGCGCGUCGCCGAGUCUGCCACGGUGGGGGCACGUUUCCCCCUGGAGAGCGCGCAGGACCCCGAUGUGGGCACCAAUGCCGUGGGCUCUUACCGGCUGAGCCCCAACUCUCACUUCUCCCUGGACGUCAGGCAGCAGCAGGAUGGCAAACUCUUCCCGGAGCUGGUGCUGGAGCGUGCCCUGGACCGGGAAGAGCAGCCAGAACUGCAGCUGGUGUUGACGGCCGUGGAUGGGGGGAGCCCAGCCCGCUCGGGCACGGCGCAGAUAACGGUCCUGGUCCUGGAUGUCAACGACAAUGCACCCACCUUUGACCGUGCCACCUACAAGGUGCAAGUCCCUGAAAACACUCCUGUGGGGGCCCUGCUCCUCCGGCUCAACGCCUCUGACCCUGACGAGGGCCCCAACGGAGAGGCGCAGUACUCCUUUGGGCUGCACACCUCCGACUCGGUCCGGAGGCUCUUCACCCUCGAUCCCCGCAGCGGUGAGGUCCGGGUGAGGGGAGCCCUGGAUUUUGAGGAAUCACCCUUCUAUGAGAUCUAUGUGCGAGCCCAUGAUGGAGGGGUCCCGGAGAUGGAGGGCCACUGUGUGCUGCGGGUGGAAGUGGUGGACACCAAUGACAACCCACCAGAGGUGCUGCUCACCUCCCUGCUGAACCCAGUGCCAGAAGACACCCCGCCAGAGACUGUCGUGGGGCUCUUCAACAUACGAGACCGAGACUCGGGGGCCAAUGGGGUUGUGAGCCUGGAGAUCUCCCCCAACGUGCCUUUUGCCAUCAGGUCUCUUCAGAACCAUUUCUCCCUGAUUACUAGGGAGAGCCUGGACCGAGAGUCUACCUCACAGUAUGUAGUGGCACUGAUUGCUCAGGAUGGUGGGGCUCCUGCCCUCACCUCAACACUUACGCUGCUCCUGAAUAUAUCUGAUGUGAACGACAACCCCCCACACUUCUCGCAGCCCUCCUACGAUGCCUUCCUGCCAGAGAACAACCCGCCGGGCUCCCUGCUGUGCACUGUCUCUGCCUCGGACCCUGACGACGGGGUUAAUUCCCGGCUUGUUUACUCCAUAGAGAGCGGGCAAGUGCAGGGCGCCCCCACCUCUUCCUUUGUUCACAUCAACCCUGACAAUGGCAACCUCUAUGCUCAGCGUACCUUCGACUUUGAGCUGCUGCAGGUUCUACCAGUCUCUGUGUCUGUGCGGGACUCGGGGUCGCCCCCCCUCCAUGCCAACGUUACCGUCUACAUCUUUGUGCUGGACCAGAACGACCACUCUCCCACCAUCCUGUACCCUGCCAGUGACAGCGAUGGCCCAGCACCCCAAAGGGUUCCACUCUCUGCCCCACCAGGCUACCUGGUCACCAAGGUGACAGCAGUGGAUGCGGAUGCUGGGCACAAUGCUUGGCUUUCAUACCACCUGCUGCCUCAGUCCACCAACCCCUCCUUGUUCCACAUGUCGCUGUACACCGGGGAGGUGCGGACGGCACGUGCCUUCCAGGACACAGACGUGGCAGUGCAGCAGCUCGUUGUCCAGGUGACAGACAAUGGUGAUCCCCCACUCUCCACCACUGUCACCAUCACCGUGGCCCUGGAGGAGACAGCCCCGGAGGAGAGCUAUAAACCUCGGGAUUUUCUGGCUGCUGCCAAGGAGAAACCAGAUCUGACCCUCUACCUGAUCAUCGCGCUGGCGGUGGUUAGCACCAUGGCUCUGGCCACUGUCACCCUCCUGGCCGCCCGGUGCCUCCGUCACAGAGGCCGUGCCGCCCCUUCGCCCUACUGCUGCUGCUGGCUCAGCGAGUCGCCUUCCCGGGACUUCUUCAAGCACUCCAGCCCCAAGCUCCAGAUCAACUCCGACGGCACCCUCAAGUACAUGGAGGUCACCCUACGACCCACCGACUCCCAGUCCCAGUGCUACAGCACCUGCUUCUCCCAAGGCUCCGACCGGAGCGAUUUCACCUUCCUCCGGCCUUGCCCGCCCUCUGCCACCCUACCGAGGGAAACCGGGGCUUUCUUUUCCGCUACCGGUACGCUGCGGGACUCCGGCCAGCAAGCUCAGCCUAACCCAGACUGGCGCUUCUCUCAGACCCAGAGACCUGGAACCAGUGGAUCCCAGAAUGGAGAGGAAGCUGGAGCCUGGCCCAACAACCAGUUUGACACUGAGAUGCUCCAAGCCAUGAUCCUGGCUUCAGCAAACGAGGCUGCCGACGGCAACUCGACCCUGGGCGGCGGGACGGGCACCAUGGGGCUGAGCGCCCGCUACGGGCCGCAGUUCACCCUGCAGCACGUCCCGGACUACCGGCAGAACGUUUACAUCCCGGGCAGCACCGCCACCCUCACCAACGCCGCCGGCAAGCGCGACCCCAAGGCCGCCGGCGCCUCGGGGGGCAACAAGAAGAAAGCCGGCAAGAAGGAGAAGAAGUAGAGGAGGAGGAGGAGGAGAAGAAGAAGCAGCGAAAGAAAGAAAGAAAUAAGAAAGAAA